UGGUUUGUGGAUCGAAGAAGGAGGACGCCGGGGCCCGCCGACCAUCCGCUGCUACUAUGAUUCCGGUGUCGCUGGUGGUGGUGGUGGUGGGUGGUUGGACUGCCGUCUACCUGGCCGACUUGGUGUUGAAGUCAUCUGUGUAUUUUAAACAUUCUUAUGAAGACUGGCUGGGAAAAAAUGGAUUGAGCAUCUCUCCUUUUCAUAUAAGAUGGCAAACUUCAGUUUUUAAUCGUGCCUUUUACAGUUGGGGACGGCGGAAAGCAAGGAUGCUUUACCAAUGGUUCAAUUUUGGAAUGGUGUUUGGCGUAAUUGCCAUGUUCAGCUCCUUUUUUCUUCUUGGAAAAACAUUGAUGCAGACUUUGGCACAGAUGAUGGCUGACUCUUCUUCUUCUUCCUCUCCUUCCUCUUCUUCCUCUUCCUCAUCUUCCUCUUCUUCAUCUUCCUCUUCCUCCUCUCUUCACAAUGAACAGGUGUUGCAAGUUGUGGUUCCUGGUAUAAAUUUACCUGUCAAUCAGCUGACUUACUUCUUCGCUGCAGUCCUCAUUAGUGGUGUUGUACAUGAAAUUGGACACGGUAUAGCAGCUAUUAGGGAACAAGUUCGAUUUAAUGGCUUUGGAAUUUUUCUCUUCAUUAUUUAUCCUGGAGCAUUUGUUGAUCUGUUCACCGCCCAUUUACAACUUAUAUCACCAGUCCAGCAGCUGAGGAUAUUCUGUGCAGGUAUAUGGCAUAAUUUUGUCCUUGCUCUCCUUGGGAUUUUAGCUCUUGUUCUCCUCCCGGUAAUCCUCUUGCCAUUUUACUAUACUGGAGUUGGGGUACUUAUCACUGAAGUCGCAGAGGAUUCACCUGCCAUUGGACCCCGAGGCCUUUUUGUGGGAGACCUUGUCACUCAUCUUCAGGAUUGUCCUGUUACUAACGUGCAAGAUUGGAAUGAAUGUUUAGAUACCAUUGCAUAUGAGCCCCAAAUUGGUUACUGUAUAAGUGCAUCAACGUUACAACAAUUAAGCUUCCCAGUUAGAGCAUACAAACGACUAGAUGGUUCUACUGAAUGCUGUAACAAUCACAGCCUCACAGAUGUGUGUUUUUCCUACAGAAAUAAUUUUAAUAAGCGUUUGCAUACAUGUCUACCUGCCCGGAAAGCAGUUGAAGCUACUCAAGUUUGUAGAACCAACAAAGAUUGCAAAACCAGCUCAAGUUCAAGUUUCUGUAUAGUACCAUCUUUGGAAACUCACACUCGAUUAAUAAAAGUGAAACAUCCACCUCAAAUUGAUAUGCUGUAUGUAGGGCAUCCACUGCAUCUUCACUACACAGUGAGCAUCACGAGUUUUAUCCCACGUUUCAACUUUCUAAGCAUAGAUCUGCCAGUGAUUGUGGAGACAUUUGUCAAGUAUCUGAUUUCUCUUUCUGGAGCUCUGGCUAUUGUUAAUGCAGUGCCCUGCUUUGCCUUGGAUGGUCAAUGGAUUUUAAACUCUUUCCUGGAUGCUACCCUUACCUCAGUGAUUGGAGACAACGACGUCAAAGAUCUGAUCGGAUUUUUCAUCUUGCUUGGCGGCAGUGUACUGUUGGCUGCCAAUGUGACACUGGGACUCUGGAUGGUUACAGCACGGUAAUAUUUGCUCUCAUCCAACAGAAGUACAGCUACAUGGCAACAUCUGUUGCCACUGAAAUUCUUACUAGGUAUGAAGUGUAAAGUGUUUCCUUAAAACGUCUUGGCCAACAUCUUUGAGCUCCUCCUAUAUCUAGAGAAUCCAAACUCUGUAGUAGAAAAGGAGUGGAAGAAAUGAAAAGCAUAAGUUCUGACUACGUUCUAGGUUUAAAGAUUGAAUGUGCAAACUUGGAAUGUUUGUGGAACAAUCUGUAAACAUGUGAAAAUUCAUUGUUGUAAUAAUAUUUUGUGUGACUAUAUAGCAUUUUGGAAUAGUAAAAGGGAAAGCAGAAUCUGGUGGUAAAAUUGUGUGUGUGUGUGUGUGUGUGUGUGUGUGUGUGUGUUUUACUAGAGUUUGAAGCCAGGGCCUCACUUAUUCUACUUAAUGCUAAGCAAGUUUUCUCCCACUAAGCUAUAUCCCCCACCCCAGGAAAAAAAAUUAUUGAAAAGUGCCAUUAAGGUGAUGUGGUGGUGCACACCUAUAAUCCCAACACUUGCCUCUAUGUGUUUGGGAGGCUACACAAAAGGGUCAUAAAUUCAAGGUCUUCCAUCUUUAGCUAAAUAGUAGGUUCCGGAACAGCACUGGCUAUAUAGCAAGACCCUGUCUCAAACACACACACACGCACACAAAACAAACAAAAAAUGGAUGGACACACACACACACACACACACACACACACACACACUCGUCAUUAAAGAUUUAGGGAGACUUGAUUUUGGUUAAAUGGAAGAUUAAGCAAGUGUUCUUGUUUUUAUAAUGCUUGUCUUUACCUUGUUUGAAAAGUAUUUUAAAGUUUAAUGGUGUAUUAUUGUAUACUCUGAAUACCGAGGUCUGAAUUACAAUUAAACCAGUGAAAUUCUAGGAAAGUAUCUGCUAACAUAAAAGCAAAAACUCUGUGCAAGUGAUGCCAAGUAAAUGGAUAAAGUUGAAAGUAGAAAAGGCCUGUGAUGUGAUAAGACAGUUUUGUUGCACAAGUAUCGUCUUUUUCACAGUGUAUCUUCACACCCUCACAACACACUAGCCUUGUUCUAUAGAGUAUGCUGCGGGGAGGAUCUCCCACAGCAGCAUGUGAGCUCAGGCAGUUAGGUGGAUUUGAGAUCUAAACUGAGUCCUCUAACAGAUCACAACAGAGCAGACACUGCAGCAAAUCUAGUCACCACUUUCUAGAGUUUUGCAGCUUGGAACUCUUCCAGGGUAGAUCUUUUCCUUUAUGCUGCAACAGCAUUCAACCCUGAGCCAUACUCUGUCCUCACCAGCAUCUACUAUGUUUUUCUCUGUUGGGGGAUUAAACACCUACUCUUUGUUUUCCGUCUCCCCCUAAGCUACCUCUGUGAGUACACAAAGACUCAGCAAGAUAGUGAGAAUGGCUGCCCAAAUGUGGAUUUCCCAGUCUCGGAACAGACUCUUGAGCCCUAAAGAACCGCAGGUGGUCUUGUGGGUAACCGUGGAACCCUGGGAAAUUCAGAAAAGUAGCUGGUCGGUGAAGCUGUUAGUCUUAGGGAUAUAUGCACAUACUGUUUCUUUCAUGAAAAAUAUACAUUUGAUGAAACACACAUUAGAAGUAACAAAAGACAAUGAUUCAUUCAUUAAUAGCCAGCUAUAUACCUCCUUCCUGAAGUAAGGUACUUCAUGAGGUUACCUUUUUCAGAACAUUAGUCAUCUUAAGCGCCUAAAACUUUUAAAUCAAUUUUUAGAAAUUUUUAGACUUUAUUACAAAUUUGCCUUCAUUCUUUAAUAGGAAUCAUCCACCAAAUAUCAUUUUGAGAUUUUAUGAAUGAUGGGCCAUUAGUUGCUAACAGUACUAAAAGCAUACAAAUUUAGUAAUUUUUACUUAUCCCAGAAAAUAUGGCAUUUGCUGUCUUCUGUGGUCACUCAGGACCAAAAUGUAUUUGCAUACAAAAAAUGCACAGACCUUUUUAGGUAAAGCUUAGAGAAUGCCGUGAAUACUCACAUAAUUAACUUGAUCGCAUGCAUUAAGCAGUUUACUAAUGAAAAUGUAUGUGUGUAAAUCAUUUUUGUCAAUACUGAGGAAAACAAUUGUUGUUUGGUGUGGUACUUUUGAACCCAGCAUAGCCUCACAUGCUAGGAAGCACUCUACCACUGAACUACCCCAUAGGCCUUGAAAAUACUUUAAUAAGAGGAAAUUCUGUCCACUAACUUCAUUUUCUGGGUGAAAGCAACAGCAACAACAAAAGAAAACCUCAUUUCAUAUUAGCUGCUGAACACCUCUGUCAGCUAAUCUGUAGGGUUAGGGUGUGGGACCUUCUCUCCUCCUGGAAGUCCAGCAGAUUUGUAUACAAAUGGCUUCAUUGAUUAAGAAAGGAGAUGUUACAUAUUGUCUCUUCAGCUUCACUGUGGGUCUUCUACUGUGAGGACUGUGUCAUUCAUACACAGCUUUGUCUCCCUGCACAGUGCAUGAGAUAUCAUAAGUGCUUAAUGUGCUUGAAUGGACGAUGAUUAGUGUUUAUUUAUGGAUAGAAAAGCAUGCUUCUAUUUAAGUAAGCUGUAAAAAGGAUUGUUGAAUAUUUACUGUAUAUAUAUGUUAACAUAAAAAAAACUUGGAAGGUCUUUAUGUCACUGGUGUAUUAUGAUCUUUAUGGAAAAAUCCAUUUUGGUUUCUGUAGAGCAAUUAGAAAAAUGAAUUAUAUUGGAAAAAUGAUUUAUUUUGGUGAUUUGAAGAAGUAUCUUUGUGUUGUCACUUUGUUCAACAGUAAGACUUUAUUCUCAGUGUUCCUAUUCUGCAUUGUUUACAUUUUAAGGUUUUUAUUUUAAUCAUCUGUAAUUGUAAAGAAUGUAUAUAUUAUUUUCAGCAUCUCAGUUUGAAGAAACAUACAGUUAAACUUGACUUUUUGAUAAUCACUUCUAGGUCAUUGUGCUAACAGCUAAUUGUAAACAUAUGCUUCAUAGUGAUGUGACUGUCUGUCAUCAUUGUGUUCUUGGUAUUUAUUGAGCAUCCACACACUAGUGGCACACAGAUAUUUUUUCAAUAUCUCUUUUGAGUGAGCUGUAAUUAAUUUUUAGGCCUUAACUUGAUGGUAUAAUAAUUGUCAGAAUUUGAUGUUUAACAAUAAAAGAACACAUGUAAACCAGCA